AUGGCUUGGGAUUUCAGCGUCGAUGUCAGCAAGCCUCGGAAGGGCCCGACCACUCCGGGAUUCUCUGGCGACUGGCGUGGGGGUGCAGCGCUGCAUCAGGCCCCACAGCCCUCUUCACAGCGCCGCCCUGCAGCCAGUGGCACUGUGGAGGAGCACGACUCGGACGAGGAGGCACCAGCGGUCGACGCCGCGGAGAACAUUGACAAGUCGCAGGUGAAUCUCGUGUGGGACAGCGAGAAAGGCCGGUUGGUUCCUGCUCCUGCAGCUGGCGCAGCAGGAGCACCGGGUGCCCAGCCGGACAAGUCAGCCACACCAGAGGCGGCCACCACCGCACCCGCCGCGCCGGCAGCCGAGGCACCGGCAGAGGCACCGGAGGAUGCCGACGAAGGAGAGGAGGAGGAAGAUCCCGCUGGUGACCAGGAAGUGGAUGUAGAGGCAGAGAGUCGGGCAGCCUUCCUGUCAGAGGCCUCUACGCCGGAGCUCAUCAAGCAGGCAGUGGCUGCCGAGCACCCAGCAGACUUGCCAUAG